AUGGAUCUGUUAUGUGAGGCCAGGCACCCACCAGAGGAUGUUCCUCAGGAGGGCACCGAGGACCUAGUGUCCACCAAGGCCACGAGAAACAUGCUAGAGAGGGGGCACAAGCAUUGCGGAGAAGGGCAGCAGUCCUCUGCAGAGAGGGCUGAUAGUAGUAAGGCAGUCAUAGAACUGGGCUUGCUAAUGUCAUUCUGGGGAUGGAGAAAUCAGGCUGGAAGCCCCCAGGUGAAAAGCAGCGAAGGCCCGGUGUCCCAUCGUGGCCGGCUUCGCCUUGCCCUGAGUAUCCCUGGAAAUGGCCUGACCAAUGAAUGUUCAUGGGAGUGCUUUGAAAAAGUGUUACACAGGGGUGACUGGCUGGGGUCUGCUAGUCGUCGUCAAAUUCAAGAACACGCCAUACGUGUUCUCUCCAGCCACCUAUCGGCUUCUGAGUUUAUUAAUGGUGCUUUGAAAAAUUUCUCAGAGGCAUUAGAGGAAGAAACUGUGGUUCUCACAUUGGUUCCAGUUAAUGUGGAACCUAAUGGAGAAGAGCAAAUGGAACCAAGCGUUUCUUCAACUUCAGAAGUGGGCCUGGAGAAGCCUGGGACAAACGAUAAAGUUUGUCAUUCUCAAAUGAGUGAACAAUUCAAGUCUUGUCCAAAACAUAGUUGUUGCACUACAACAAGCCUUCCUUUGCCAACCAGUUUGCCUCCAGUUAAUAAAGUACGUUGGGAUACUUUGCGGAACUGGUGCCAACAAUUUAAUUUGAGUACCGAUGGCCGGAAAAUAGAUGUUUAUCUGAGGCUCCAGAAACAUGCUUACUCUGAAAUAAACGAGAAUAUUCCUAAAAUAUCACCAGAGGCCAAAUUGCAGCCAUGUUCGACAACAUGCAAGAUGGCAGCAAAGACAGCAAGGAUUCGGAAAAGUUGUAAGAAGGCUAAGAGAGAGGAAGGGAUUAAUAUAGUGGAGGUGAUAACUUCAGCACAAGAAGGCAUGUUGGCAGCGUGGUCAAGAAUUGCUGUAAGAGCCAGUCAAUCCAAAUCUGUGAAUUCACGUCCCAUUCCUGCUUCUGUUGAGACCUUUCUGCUGCAAGCCCCUGGCAUCAGGUGGUGUGUGGUCCAUGGCAGACCUCUGUUGGCAGACACAAAAGGUUGGGUUCGCCUGCAGUUUCAUGCAGGUCAGGCCUGGGUACCUGACACCCCCAAGAGGAUGAUCUCUCUCUUCCUGUUACCCGCCUGCACUUUCCCGUCCCCUGGCCUAGAAGAUAAUAUGUUAUGGAAAACUGGUAGUUUGGAUUCAAAAUCUAGACAUUUUGGAGUAGCGAUCCAAUAA